CGUUUCUCGUUUUUUUUGUCGUUCGCCGAUGAGCAGCAUAGGACACCACGGGGUAGCCAUUUUGAAAAAUUCUUUGCUUACGCUCGCUUGUCCGUGCAAAAACGACCUUUCUGAGCGAAUUCCCUGCUCGGGGAUAUCAUUAAUGCUGGUGAUUAACUGCAUAAAGUGAAAAGUUCGUCUGUAGUGCUGUUUACCAUCGCCAACUGUAUCGUGUAAUCAAAGAAAUCUAGUGAAAAGACUGCCAUCCGCGGGGGGUUUUACAACAAGUGUUCACUGUAUGGCAGCGGUUAUUCCUACGUCGUGGUAGAUUGUGGUUCAAUUUUAUAAGUUCUAGUUUAUUGUGCGAAGUGCAGAAAAUUCAACAUCGUGGCGUCGUCUAUAGAAUCAACCAGCAUGGAGACGGUGCGGGUGUUCAAUCAGGAGCUAUCCGGGCUCUAUGAGUCGAAACCGCCUAUAUCGAAAGCCAAAAUGGCUUCGAUUACCCGGAGUGCUAUGAAGGCGAUCAAAUUCUACAAGCACGUUGUGCAGAGUGUGGAAAAGUUCAUCCAAAAGUGCAAAUGUGAGUACAAAAUUCCCGGCCUGUACGUGAUCGAUUCGAUUGUACGCCAGUCGCGUCAUCAGUUUGGGCCGGAGAAAGAUGUGUUUGCUCCGCGAUUUGCACGCAACAUGGAAUCCACGUUUGCGCAUCUGUUUCGCUGUCCACCGGAAGAUAAGAGUAAAAUAAUUCGUGUGUUGAACCUGUGGCAAAAGAAUAUGGUAUUUUUACCAGAAGUCAUCCAACCACUGUUUGACCUUGCGAAUCCGGACCAUCCGAUCCAUCAGCAAUACAAUGCGCAAGUGCUUCAGGAACAGGUGGGAGCAAAUGGGAUGAAUCCCGGGGUGCUACCACAUGACUCACCGAUCGGAGGUUCAAUGGGUGGUGGCAUGGACGAUCAUGGCAGCCAGUUACAAAUGGGCGAAACGAAGCAACUUGAUCCAUCCACCAUCCGGCAGCUGCAACAAUUUCAGCAAAUUUUGAUGCGUCAAACGUCUGGCGAUCAGGCUAGCACGGUAUCGAAGGAUCAAGUCAAGUUCAACAAGAAGCUGCUGGACUUCGACUACGGUAGUGAUGAUGAUGAUGAUAAGAAUUCACCAUCGGUGCCAUUACCGGGGAACACCGGUAUGCCAGAUUUGUCCCAGAUGCCCGGUGGGAACAUUGCCCAAAUUUUGUCCGACCCGAACGUGCUGAAACAGCUGCAGAACCUGCAGAAGCUCAAGCAGCAGGAUGAAAAGCAAACCAAGCUGUCGGAAAUGCUGCUCAAGGAAGAAAAGUUUGAGAAGCACCUGGCCAGCGUCCUGAUGAAGUUACCAUUCGCCAACGAAUGUGACCUUAGCCGACAACCACCGAUUGAUUUAAAUGCAGGUCACUCGAAGGAUGUUGAUACUGACAACGAUGUGGCGAUAACAGGAGUUGAGAUCCUUGGAGAACCUUUACCGGUUGGUGGUAGCCGUGGAGGCAUCGGGCUAGGAGGCAGUGGUACCGCUGGUGGAAGUGGCAACAAUGAUCGCUACAAAUCAUCAUCUUCAUCGUCGAGGCGUAAGAGCAGAUCAAGGUCACCGCGCGAUCGCCGUGGUGGAGGUGGCGGCAACAGUGGACGUGGAGGACGAGGACGAUCGCAUUCCCGUUCGAGAUCGGUAUCGCCCAGAUCAUCUCGAAGGCGAUCCUCCCGCGAUCGUGGUGGAACCUCAACGAAAGAUCGGGAGCGAGAGAAGGAACAUGAACGAGAACGCAAACGGAAGGGUUUGCCGGAAAUGAAGAAAGAGCACCUGAGUGUUUGCAGCACGACACUGUGGGUUGGCCAUCUUUCCAAGCUGGUGCAGCAAGAGGAAUUAUCCGAUACAUUCGGCAAAUAUGGUGACAUCGUGAGCAUUGAUAUGAUACCUCCACGAGGAUGUGCGUUUAUCGUCAUGAACCGACGCCAGGAUGCAUUCAAGUCCAUGCAAAGUCUGAAGAAUCAUAAGAUGCACGGCCGCACGAUAACGAUUUCCUGGGCCGCCGGCAAGGGCGUCAAAAGCAAGGAAUGGAAAGAUUAUUGGGAUUUGGAUCUUGGGGUAAGCUAUAUUCCUUGGUCUAAGCUGAGUCCCAGCACGGAUCUUGAAUCGCUAGAGGAUGGCGGUAUGUUCGACGAGGACACAAUGCCCCAGUGGAUGAAGGAAAAAUCAUCCGUUGGCGGAGCGGUAGGGUCAAUUGGUUCGGCGGCAGCAGCAGCAGCCGCUGCCAUGGGUCUCAGUUUGGCACCGGGCAUGAACCUGAAGAAGCUGGAUGGCACGGAGUUGUCGACGGCAGCAGCGGCUGCAGCAGCUGCAGCAGCGGCUGGAAUGCUGAACCCAUCGCUAUUUCCAAUGAGUGCGGUUGAUACGAGUCAACCGCCGCCAUCCGCUAUGAUGGGAAUGGGAAUGCCACCUUUCCCAAUGGGUCCUGUUGCAAGAUUACCAAUACCGAUGGGAAUUCCGAUAGGCGCUAACAUGGUGCCGGGACUAGGAAUGAAUGUGCCCCCGCCCGGUAUGAUGCUGUCAGGCAAUCCACCUCCACUUCCAAUGGGAGGAUUCGGUGUGUUACCACCACCACCACCUUCGUCAGGUUCAACAGCGGCCGGAUUAAUCGGUAAUGGUGGUGGUGCUGCAAACAUGAUGAGUUCCAACAUGAGCAAAUCAUCGGCGGAUGAUAUGGAUAUCGAGAUGGAGGAUGAACACUCUUCCAAUCCUGCCCCAAUGGUGGGUGGUGGUCAAAGUUCGAGUGCGUUCUUUAAUCAACCACCGCCACCGUUAAUGCCACCGAGCGCAAAUCUUCCGCCGGGCCCACCAGGCAACGCUGCUGGGUUCUUUGGUGGUCCAUCGGGUGGACAUCCGGGUGCUGGAAACAUGCAAGAUAACGGUGGUCCGUUGGAUAUAGGUAGCGAUGAUGCAGAAGGAGGAGAUCCCACUAUGGGAGGUGGUCGUGGAGCGAGAGAUUUCUUGCGUGCGAAUGAUGACGGAAGGGAACACAUGCGGGGUCGUGGAGGUGAUCGCAACAGAGAACGCGAUCAACGAGGACCAGGCGGUGGUGGCUUUGAACGAGGAGUUGGUGGUGAUGCUGGGGGCCGACGCGAUCGAGGUGAACGUGGCAGCCGUUGGGGCGGUGCAGGUAAUAAUUUCCGUGGCGGCGAUGGUGCCAACAACCAGCAAGAUGAUCGACCCCUGUCGGAACGACUACGGGAAUUGGCCGGUGUUUUGGAGUUUAACAAUCAACAGCAACGCGGUGGAGGCGUUGGUGUGGGUGGUCGUAACUUUGGCCGUGGUGGAUAUGAUGGGGAUGGAGAUUUUGGCAAUCGCGACGGCGAUUUUUCACGUCGUGGCGGAAACUUCCAACAGAAUCGAUUCAACAACAAUAUCGCGGGUGGAAACGGCGAUGGAGGCGGGCGCAAUAUGGGUCGUAAUGGGCCGUUCGGAAACCAGCAGCAGGGAGGUGGUGGUGGACGCGGUGGAAAUGGUGGUGGAAUGUUUGGCAAUCGAGCUGGUGGCGGAAGAAACAAUAACCAGCAGCAGCGUGGCGGUCAGUUCUUUAACGAUGAGCGUCAACAAGGCGCAUUCUUCGAUCGCGACGAAGGUAGCAAUGGAUAUGACUCUGGUGGCAACAAUGGCAACAAUAACAACAAUCGGCGUAACUGGAAUGACCGCGCUGGUGGAGGUCGUGGCAACAACAACAGUAACCGUGACGAAGUUAACCGCGGACGUGGAAGACAACAAAAUUGGCGCAGCGGUGACGAAAGUGCUGGAAGUGGUGACGGUGCUGGUAGUGGUGGUGGUGGUCAGCGAUUCAAUAGCGCUCGAGGAGGAAAUAACAAUCGUAACCCGGGUGGCAAUCGUCCAGGCGGAGCAGUGCGAUGGGACGAUGAUGACGAAUCGUGGGAUGAUGCUAACAAUAGAUCAACUACUGGACGACCGGCUCAAUUCUCGUCAACAAAUCGUCAGCGAAAGAACUCGGAGGGAAACGAAGAGCAAGACCAACAGCAAGAUCAAGAGGCUCGUCAAAAUCGUCGGGAAGGAGGACAGUCGGAAACGGAAGAUAUGACGAUAUGCGAUGAACAAUCGCGACACAGUGAACACGACUCUGGAAGAGACAUGCACAACAAUGCAAUGAAUAGACAAAGCGGAGAAGUUGAAAACACGGGCGAUCGAAGGUUCUUACGAAAUCAUCAUCAUAGAAACGAUGAUGCAGAUGACGAACGACCUCAACCUAUCCUGUACUCUCCCGAACCAGAAGAUGAGUCGGAUCACACGAACAACAAUAAUCAGUUUGCUGGUGAAGAUAACUCAACUUAUCGCGAUGAACACAACGAUCGCGAUAAAGCGGAUGAUGAAUUCCGGAAUACGAACAUGGAAGAAAACAAUCAUAACAGAACAACCGCCUCCGGUGAAGAGCAUUCUAUUAACCACCCGCAAGAAGAACCGUCUGAUUUUCGCCGUGUGUCCGAAGAACGUUUCGAAAGUCAUCGGGACGAUUCUACUUCUGGCGCGGAUCUUAAUGUGACAGAAGAAACAAAAAGUUAUUCCCAUAAUGAAAGAGAGGAACAAAAUUAUUUGCCGGUUGAAGAUGAUCGUAACGAGGCAGCGCCAACUUCAUCACCUUCACCGAUGGCUUCCUGUCAGGUAGAUGAUGUUGAAUCCAACGUUCAAACGAACGUCCCUGAGGAAAAUGAAUCAACAUCCACGGAAGCAGCUGUAUGUUGAAGCAACCACAUGCAAUCAUAAAACGUGUGGUAACGUCAAUGCACUUAAUUGUAAAAUUUGAGCAACCGCAAUAUGAUUAUACUAAGAGAUUUAGGCAGUGUAUUCUGCUGUAGCCGAAUGAGCCCGUGUUAUGGGGAUAGAUAAGCCAAACAAAUUACUGUAAAUUACUGAAGAGCUGCAAACUACAUCGGCUGCUUACAGAUACGCAUCGCCGAGAAGCAAAAUAAGUAAUAGUACAUAUGUCAUACGUUCAAAUAAUUCUAUCAGUAAUCAGUACUACGGCAAGCAAUUAAUUCCCUGUCGUGGUAGCCUUUGUCGAUCAUGAUGUAAUGUGCUUACAACGUUACUGCUGCCUCUCUUCUUGGGUGACGGCCUACCAGUGCUGGCUCGUGUAAGCUAUGUGUUGAUCUUAACUGAAUAGUCAGUCAGUUGCUUAAGGCGAAAGCAUGUUACAUAGAUAUUUUUUACCUAGCCAGGUAUCGAACGGUGUGUUUAGCAAGCAGUCUUUUAACGUGUGCUACAUUCGAUAGCCCUUUGAAAUGCAGAAGAGUCUAAUCAGUAAACCUUUUAGGCGAUCGUUUGGAAGAAUUUUAGAAUCUUGCACCAUCACCAAUGAAGUCAAGUUUUAAUGUAUUAGAGUUUUAGUCAUGUUUUGUAAUGUCAUCUUAAUUUCUGUUAGAAUAUCUAUGUUUGUGUCCUUGUUUGUGUUUUUGAUACACUUUUCAAUCUUUUCUAUUCAUUUUAUCUCGUAGACAUCUGGUGGUUAGAGCUCGGGGAAAAUACCGAUAUUAGAACGUAAACGGUUCUAUAAUAGUAUCCAUCCAUUCAUUUAUUUGUUAUCAGUGUAUACAAACCAGCAGCAGAUCGUGUUAGUUGAAUCGUAAAGACAAGACGAUAUAUCGAAUUAAGCAUACUAGCCUGGAAGAAAACUGGCACAUUAAUAAGAUGUAAGUAGAUAAUAAACUGUGUCCUAGAUUAUUUAUGUAGGUAUAAUUGGGAUGAAUCAAGUACUAGACACAAUGAAUGAUCAGGCAAACUAAGAAACAUUUUAAGAUAUAUACAGUGGAAGAGAUAUGGUCCGAAUUGUGAAGGAGGCUUUUAAGUAAGUUGAAAGGUCAAAAAUGUAUUCCCGCAUACCUACAAAUUGUACAUCGUAAUGUCGCAUAAUAGCAAGAGCAAAGUACAGAAAUGCAACUAUGUCCAGUUUGGAAGUAAGUCGUUUUCCUCCCUUUUGAUCAGAUUAACCAGAAUUGAAGCGAUCCUUAACUAUUGGGCGCUUAUUACACUCAAAUGCUGAUGAUCCGAUGAACAUAUUUGUAUUCAUAAUAGUGUGUAACAAUAAAGCAAUGCAUACAUUAUUCACCAUUA